CUUUUCUUGCGUCGAGAGAGAGAGCGCACGGAUUGCGUACCAAAUAAUGCUACUGAUAAGACAUACCAGUGUGUGACCAUUGGUGGUUCCAUCGAGAGUAAACCAGUGUAUUUGUGGCGGAAAGCAACGCCUUUUUAGCACUUCCUGCGGACCAUUGCGUGUGAUGCGAUAUUCGAAAGUUUGGUUACUGUUGCGGUGCCUCAUAUGGAACACGAAAAUGGAUUGUUAAAUUUGGGGUUCGAGGAAUGUAGCCUGAUGUUUCCGUGCGCAGCCAGUUCAUGCCAUCGAAGUUUAUUUCGAAGCGUUAAUGUGUAGCCUGAGUUGUCCACGGGAUGGCAUGUCAAUAAAUCUUGCGUUUCGUGUGCGACUGGUACCCCGACGUAUGACAAAUCCUUGAAUGGUUCGAAGUGUUUGUCCAUAUUGCUUCGCGCAUUAUCUUCACGUUGACAGUACCACCGAGUUCGAGGAGGAGGAUUUGUGGAUCUCUCAGUGAGGCUGAAAGUCCUCAUGAAAAGGUCAUGUAUCAUCGAUGAAUCCAUCAAAAGUGUUACCUCAUUUGUCGGUUGGUUUCGCUCUGUCGUGUUCAAUUUCGAACUGCAUUAUUUGAUGGUUAAAUGGGAUUUUCUUGUCCAUGGUCCUGUUUAAUGUGACCUUUGGUUUUAUUUAACCCUUUUGCGGGUUAAAUAUCUGGGUUUUAUUAUAUUUCUUCUAUUAUGAUACUUUGGAUAAUAAUGGGCGAUUGGACCAAGGGGGGACGAUAACUCAAUUUGUAGGACAUGUUUUCGCCAUCCUGAUUAUUCGCGAGACGCCAUGAGUAGAGCCGACCAAGGUAGUCCUUGAAUUCAUGCCCUUCAAUAGUGCGUACCGUUCCUUAUGAUUGACGAUUCGUAAGUGAAGAACUCCAAGGUAAAAAGCAGAUUGUGUAUAACUUCAUGGUCAUGGUCAAAAGGGUCUGAUGGCCGAUGAGGCUGGAGAGCAAGCAAAUCAACCCAUAAACACCUACGACGCCCCAUGGUGACGUCGUACAAUCCCUUGGAGCGACGUUUGGAACGUGGUUUUAUGGCAAGGAGUUUUGCGGUAAUUUACGACCCUGCGGUGAACUACUGGGCGUAGAAAGCCGUCCGCGUACGGUUAUUUGUUUUAUGGUUAGUGUUACGCGCUGGAGAAGCAAAUCGAUUGCCGAUGCCGAUGAGCGGUGGGACAGUUUAGUACUGAAGGGCAACAACCAUCGCAGGAAAAGGACGCAAGUAGCGAUCAUUAAAUGCUAAAUCCUCUUGGAGAGGGCGCCCCUUGAGUUUGAAUUUAUUAGCGGUCAUUGAGUCCGACCUUUGCAAAGUGGUCAUUCGAUUUGUUAAUAAACUUGGCCAUGACGAAAGUGGGUCGUUGAGGUAAAGGUUUUUUGCGGAAGAUACAUCAGGAGAACUAAACUUUCUAACGCCAAUCUCAGGCAAGGACAUUACGCGAGAAUUUACAGCUGGCAUUAAGGAGCGCUGCAUGAUUCCGGUGAUCAACUGUCAGGCAGUAACGAGCGUUCUGGAUCCGGUGACUGGGCAUAUUAGCACCGUUCUCACAACGACGGCCUCGCCCUCACAGCAAGCACCAGUCUCUCAGCAGCAGCAGCAGCAGCAGCAGCAGCAGCAACCAUUGCUUGGCGGUGACACAGUUACAUCGCAAACCAGCAAGAAGCCUAGCUAUCUGAACCUAGCCUGCUGUGUGAAUGGAUACUCGAAUCUGACGACGUACGAUUCAAAGCUUCGCCAGGACAUUAAUAAAUCGCGUGAAGUGUCACCGAGCCGUCCGAUCAUUGCCACGCUGCACUAUAACCGUACUGAAUCAUCUGGUACCGGUGGUGGGACCGGUCACCUUCUGACGGCCCCGACUCUCAGCUACGUCAGCAUGAACAAUACGAUCAACAACAACUACAGUGGUUCUACAGUGGGCGGCACUGGUCAGCUAAGCCUUGCCGGCAGCAGGAUGUUCAAACUGAACGGCAGUGCCACCUCAAACGGGGUUGGUCGCCUACGAGGAAUGAAUGGAACGGCGAAUGGUGUGGGUGGUGGGGGAGCCGUUGAUGUCACCGAUAAUGCAGCAUGUGUGUUGUUCAAUGGCAAUGGUAGCUUCGCUGGUAGUGGACUGCGUUCCAAGGUGAUUUCAUCGCAAUCACAAAUCAGUAGCAUAACGCGCGAUGAUCCGUCACAAAUGACUCCGAAGAAAAGCUUUAUCCAGCAGCGUGUCGAGAAGCUGUACGGUGCGACCGAAGGUGUUGUUAUCAACAAGCAGAUCUACAGCAACAGUGAACGCAAGUACCUUUACAACAUUGCGAAUGAGAACAAUGGGACUACCACCAACGGACUAAACUCAACGACGACUGCCGCGCACACCGGUAAAGGACACGUUCCAGUGCUCAACGGGAGCGCGUGUGGAGCAAAGAAUGGUUCAACGAACUUAACCAACGGUGGCACUCACUCACGCAUUGUGGAUGAAAAUAACAAGCUGAUCGAGGGCGAUGAGCAGUCGCAGGAUGAUGCCGAUGUGGAAGCAUUGCCAGUUUUGCGACAUUUGCGGCCUGAAUUCCGUGCACAAUUGCAAAUUUUUUCUCCAAAGAAAAUUCCAAAACCGUCCCCUAGCCGCUCCUCGACGACCACUGCAGCAGUGAAUAGCGGUAGUGUUGUUCAUCACACAAACGGGAGUCAUUGCGGUAGUAGCGUAGAGGAAACGCUGUACUCUCAAACGCAAAGUAAUACCACAACAACGGGUCAGUAUUCGUCGCUUGAGAGCAAUCUCAGCGACAAGCGGCAGGAAGAGUAUUCGUUGGAGCAAUUGAGUGGCGAAACUGUUCGUCUCUCGAUCACUACCAACGGAACGAUGUCCACGACGACGACAACGACAGAGAAGAGCAUCGAAUCGAGGAGCAGCGAGUACCAUCAUUACCAAGAAACCAUCAGUCACCAUGGUAACGACACCAGUACACUGCAACACACUGUGACGGAUCCGUCUGAAAAGAUUGUCUCGUCUCUGCCGGUGGUGGUACCAUCGCCAUCUGCAGUAGGCGCGGCUGACGUCGACGUUUCUAGCCGACAGCAGGCCGAAUCGCUAGUAUCAGUGGCAACCGCAAAUAGCGCUACUGUGCCGGUCGACAUAGUAGGACAGCAGCAGGAGGAAACCCCAACAGCAUCAGUCAGCUGUGGUGUGCUCGAGAACGACAUACAACAGAACAGUGUCGCCGAGCAGCAGGAAGGCAUUUACGGAAACGAUUCGCGGUAUAUUGAAUCGAAGGUUUCGGCAAGCGACAAAAAGGAAGCCAGUGCGGACGGCAGUGUAAAUGGUGGUGACAUUUUAAAUUGUGAUAUUCCUUCGGUAGAGCAAAAGCGUACAGUGGAGGAAAAUAGUAUGCACACAGCAAUGAAUGGUGUUGGUGGUGUGAAUACAACGAUGGCGGCCGAUCUUGAAGGCAUUUCAUCGAGUGGAAAGGAUAUUACAGCCAAAACAACAACGGCGGUGGCCACCAGCAAUGGUAAUAGUGUCUCCAGUCACAACAACAUCAACAACAAUAAUAACCAUGAGCUCGACGGCAACUACUUCCUGCAAAUCCUGCGGAAUGAGCAAAAUCGUUUGCAAACAAUGGCUACCGAGGUGGAAAACGAGAUGCAACAGUUGAAGUCCAAUGGCGUCGUCCUGUGUGAGGAUAUCAAUGGCUACUUACUGGUCGCUAUUGGCAAAGCCCGGCUGCUGUGCUCGCAGAAGAUGAAACAGUUUGAAGGAUUGUGCUACACAAACCUUAAUCAAUCGCCCGACGAAAAAUUCCAAACAACGGGCGAGGAUCUGCGAGGAUUUUGGGACAUGGUAAUGCUGCAGGUGAACGACGUCGAUGCCACAUAUGCUGAGAUUGAUACGUUCCGAAAAAAUGGCUGGAAGAAACCCGUCAUCAAAAGUCCCCCGGUUUCGGUGCGUAACGGUGCCAAUCGCACGACGAAGCUUGUCAAACGACCCUAUAAGACGGCAACAGCGACAACGAAUGGUAGCACUAACGGCGCCAGCACGGGCAGCACUACCUCUGCAGUGAACGAUGGCGAAUCGAAAAAGGCAUCUGCGGCGCUGGCCGCCGCUAAAAGGGAAGCGCAAAGGAAACAGCUGCUGGAGAUGAAGCGCAAGCAGAAGCUGGCUAACGGCCAAAAUGGUCUGCAGGCUGUUGAAAUAUUCACACCAACCGUACUGACCUCCGAUGACGGAGAAGCAGCGGGCCUGUCGUCAUCUGCGGGCGCGUCAACGACGACACUGGUCGAUACGAGUUGAUCCUGUGCGUCACCAUUCAAGAUGCGUUAAAGAUUCCAUCGUCACCAUCUACCACCAUUACUAUCAUCAUCAGCAUCACCUCACUCAACUCGCUAUACCUGACAUAGGCUCAUACUACCACGCGACUGGAAAACCGCGAUACCGAAAGGGUUCCCUAAUUCCUUCGGUUGUAAGAAGUGCAUUCUAAAUUAGUUCCCGCAACACCACCUCCAACAUUGACCAACAGCACUGGACUGAUUGAUAGUUGUCGCAAAGGCGCUUUUGUCCAAAUUGUUCCGUUUGAAAAUUGUCGCAAUCGCUGCAAGCCCGCCCGCUGUCUGACUUCCUAAUUCUGCAACAAACAAACAAAACUCACGCGUUAAGACUCUUUCGUUUCGUCGUUCGUGCAGACAAAUUAAACCGAUCGGCGUAUUUGGCGAAAAACACUUUUACCUGAUUCAAACAGCAACAGCGGGCGGUUAUCGAGAAAACGUACACAAAAUGUGAUUGUUUUAUAAUUUUUUUAUGGUCGAAUAUUAAACCUACUAUUAAUCGAUUAUCGUA